AUGGCAGGAGCAAGAGCUAGCAAUGAAGAGCCAAUUCAGUCUAAGAUCUCAAUCAUAGGGCAAAGAAUCCUAGCACUCAAGAACCUUCAUUCUCCGAUUGUUCAACCAGAAAUUGCAGCAGCAAAUUUUGAAUUGAAAUCGGUCAUGUUUGACAUGCUGGAAACAAUUGGCCUAUUCAAUGGGAUGCCUAGUGAAGAUCCACUUUUUCAUAUCAAAAAUUUCAUGGAGGUAGCAGAUAGCUUCAAGAUACAAGGAGUUACAUCAGAUGCAUUAAAGAUGAAGUUAUUUCCCUACUCUCUCACCAAUGGGGCUAAGGUAUGGCAGAACACACUACAACCUAAUUCCAUCCGUAGAUUAGAGGACAUGGCUGAAAAGUUUUUGAUGAAAUUCUUUCCUCCCACGAAAGCAAUUCAGUUAAGGAAUGAUAUAGCAGCGUUCCAACAAUAUGAUGGUGAGACACCUUAUGAAGCAUGGGACAGAUUCAAGGAAUUGCUGCAGAAAUGCCCUAAUCAUGGUAUACUGAAAUGGAUACAAAUGGAGACUUUUUACAAUGGACUUAAUAAUCAAACAAGGGGUGCAGUUGAUGCAUCAGCCGAAGGAGCUCUCUUAGCUAGGACAUUCACAGAAGCAUAUGAAAUCUUAGAGAGGAUGGCAUUUAGCAAUUACCAGUGGCCAACAAAAAUAAUGAAUACACCAAAGAAGGCUGCUGGAGUGCUGGAGCAUGAUGAUUUAUUAGUAUUGGCAGAACACAUUUCAUCUUUGAAUGAUACAAUCAAGUCACUUAAUCUGUCUGCUGAUGCUAGAGCACAACAAGUGCAUACCAUAACCAAUGUUAUAUCAUGUGUUUUCUGUAAUGGUCCUCAUGUUUUUGAUAACUGUCCAAAAAUCCCUCGAUCUGUUUGUUUUGUAGGAAGCUAUAACAUGAGCAAUCCAUAUUCAAACGCCUACAAUCAAGAAUGGGGGAACAACUCAAUUCUUUCAUAUUCACAAGGGCAGCAACAAGAAUUCUCUGCUAUAGCAACAUAUUCAAACAUAAUUUCACACCCUUCUGAAUUUAUGCAGCAGCAACAGCCUAUUCAACAAGUUGAUACAUCAAAUACACUGGAAAGCAUACUGAAGGACUUUAUGGCAAGAAGUGAUUCCCUUAUCCAGAACCAAAAUGCAUCUAUCAAAAACUUAGAAACUCAGAUGGGACAAUUGGCAGAAGCAAUCAACAUCAGACAAUAUUACACACUGCCUAGCAGCACAGAGUAUCCAAGGAGAAACGAAGAGGAGCACAUCAAGGACAUUGAAAUAAAUAAUGGAGAAGAACAUGCCAAUGCUAUAGCAAUAUCAGGUGGUAAAGCCGUAGAUGAACCAGAAGUUAUAAAGAAAUACCAUGAGCAGAAGCAGAAGGCAUUAAAUCAUAAUGAAGGAAAUAAAGCUGCAAAAAAGGUGGAAAUUUAUGAUCAACCCGAAGAACCUCAAAUUGCUGGCACUGAGAGUACUGCUACAGCAAAACUACAGCAGGGUCAGACCGUCAGCAAGACAAUUAUACCACCAUCUCCUUUACCUCCAAGGCUACAAAAGCAACAAGAUGCCAUGCAAAAAGAGCAAACCUUGAGUGAUCUUGAGGCUAAGGUGAAAUUGAUGCCUAUGACUCUACUAGAAAAAAUGGGAAUAAGAACAUAA